CAGGUAACUCCACUACCAACACUGCAUCCGACCUUGACCAGUAUCUCAUUGCUCCCUGGUCUGUUGCUCAUAACGAGAAGAUCUCUGAGCUUCUGAUCAACACCCAAAUCUCACUUGUCCGAGCUAUCACCUGAACUUGGAAAUAUCAAAUAAAUAUUUCUCGAUGGCUCUGGUCACCGUCGCGGCGGCGACCAUCAUCAGCGCACCCCUCGAUUUUCUAGGAAAUCGAAACCGAAUCUUGGAAUCCAUUCGCAUUGCCAAAGACAAAGGUGCAACCCUAAGAACUGGCCCUGAGCUGGAAAUCCCCGGUUACUCAUGUCUGGACCAUCACUUGGAAGGCGAUACAUUCUUGCACUCAUGGGAGGUCCUUGCCGACAUCAUCUCAGAUGAAGUAUGUAAGGGCAUGCUCAUUGACUUGGGCAUGGGCGUCCGUCAUCGCAAUGUUCGAUAUAAUUCACGGGUCCUCUGCACUUAUCGCAAGAUUUUCUGCAUCCGUCCGAAGAUGGCCUUGGCCAAUGACGGGUUGUAUCGCGAGGCUAGACAUUUUACUGCCUGGUCCAAACCCCGAGAAGUCGAAACCUAUUAUCUUGAGAGUGCUCUACAGCAAAUCACCGGCCAGAAAACCGUUCCAAUUGGCGAUAUGAUUCUGUCAACGAGAGACACUGCCGUCACCUGCGAAUCCUGUGAAGAAUUGUUUGUUCCUUUGAAUCCGUCCAUCUUCACCGGUCUCAACGGGGCUGAAAUCACCCUCAACUCCAGUGCAUCCCACGCUGAGCUCCAAAAAUUGAGAGCCAGGCUGGAACUCAUUGCAAACUCUACGAGAAAGCUAGGAGGCAUCUAUAUCUACGCCAAUGCCACUGGCGUUGAUGGUGAAGCCCGUAUGCUCCAUGAUGGAAGCAGUAUGGUCAUUCAAAACGGCGAGGUCUUGGCCCAAGGCAGCCAAUUCUCUCUCGCUCCCGUUGAGGUCACCGUUGCCACCGUCGAUAUUGAAAAAGUCCGCAGCUAUCGCAGCAGUAUAAGUCGUAAUGUGCAAGCUGCACGACAGCCAGACUUUCCUCGCGUCGAAUGCGAUCUUGUCUUGUCUCACCCAGCCGAGGAAAUCUGGCUGUCCAACCAACCCGAGAUUUCUCACCCUAGACAGCUCAAGAUCCUCGACCCUAUGGAAGAGAUCUAUGCCUCAACCGCCGUUUUCUUGUGGCAAUACCUGACAAGAACUAAUUCGGCAGGCUUCUUCCUGGCCCUUUCUGGCGGCUUGGACAGUGCCAGUGUUGCGCUGUUUGUCUUUGGAAUGGCUCGCCUGGUCAUGAUUUCUAUCAAAAACGGGGAGACUACCACUCUGGAAGACCUGAGAAGAGUCACCGGCGACAAAUCAUUCACACCUACCAAACCCCAGGAGAUCGUCUCUCGCCUCCUACACACUUGCUACAUGGGAACCGUCAAUUCCUCCAAAGAGACUGAAAGCCGGUCCAAACGACUGUCGGAAACGUUGGGCGCGUAUCAUUCCAACAUUACCAUCGACGAAACAGUGACUGCACAUGAAGCUAUGGUUCAGAAAGCUCUUAACUUCCAACCAAAAUAUAUGAUCGAAGGAGGUUCGCCGUCGGAGAAUCUGGCCAGACAAAACAUCCAGGCUCGCAGUCGCAUGGUGAUCUCAUACUCGCUUGCUCAGCUGUCCACCACAGCCAGAAAAAUGCCGCGUGCCGGCUCUGCUUUAUUGGUGCUGGGAUCGGGUAACGUCGACGAGAACCUUCGAGGCUACUAUACCAAAUACGACGCCAGCUCAGCAGACAUUGCCCCUCUCGGCAGCAUAUCGAAGAACGACGCCAAAGCCUUUCAACGCUGGGCACGGCGGGAAUGGGACUUACCUAUCUUGACCGAAUUUCUCGAAGCCACACCAACAGCAGAACUGCUGCCAUUGUCGGCGGGAGUGCAGGACGACGAGUCCGACAGCGAAAUGGGCAUGACAUACGCGGAACUAUCGGUAUUCGGCAUCCUACGCAAAGUCGAGAAACUGGGUCCCUGGUCAGCAUACCUACGGCUGUUGAGCGAGUGGCGCGAUCGCGAAGGUUACGGACCGCGCCAGAUUGCCGAGAAGGUGUUCAAGUUCUACUCGACUCAGGCUCUCAAUCGUCACAAGACAACUGUCAUCACUCCGUCCGUCCAUCUCUCACCAUACGAUCCGGACGAUAAUCGGUUCGAUCUCAGACCUUUCCUCUAUGCUGUGCAGUGGCCUUGGCAGUUCAAUAAGAUCAGAGCCCAUGUUGCCCGUUUGGAGGAGAGGCUUGCUCAGCAGGAGGAAAAGAAGGAAGAGGAUGAUGACGACGUGGACCCUUGAUUUGCGAUUCCUUCUUGUCAUGAGUUGGUGGGGUGCCAUAGUGCGAUUCAUCAUCUGUCGAUGAUACUCUUCCCUUGAGUUUGUUGUCUGGAUCGUCAACUGCACGUUUGAGGUUUCACUUCAGCCGCAUGGUUUGGAAUAGAUGAUGAGAAUCAGUCCCACAUGGAUAGCGUGUAUUUGCUAACUCCAGGACACCCGUUCGACGGCCACUAGAACUCUAGCUUCAUACAUAGCAUUCUCUUGCGCUUAAACUAGUAUCAUUUGCAAAUGCAUAAGCUAGAAAUACAGUAAAA